ACAUUGCACAAAAUUGAGCAGGAACUGGGUACUGAAAUUCAACCAAUACCGAAACAAAUUGAUCCAUCGCUGUACGUUGCCGAAUAUCAGAUUGGUGAAAAAGAUGGUAGUGAUGAAAACACGAAUAUAGAAAAAAAUAAUGAAACGGGUUUCAUUAAUGAAAAUAAACAAGGCCUUAUGAGAUCUCAAACAUCGCAAGAACAAUAUCAACACAUGACAGCGAAUGCUUAA